UUAGCCGGUGUGUGUUCCGCUAGCUGUUAGCUGUUAGCCGGUGUGUGUUCCGCUAGCUGUUAGCCGGUGUGUGUUCCGCUAGCUGUUAGCUGUUAGCCGGUGUGUGUUCCGCUAGCUGUUAGCCGGUGUGUGUUCCGCUAGCUGUUAGCCGGUGUGUGUUCCGCUAGCUGUUAGCCGGUGUGUGUUCCGCUAGCUGUUAGCCGGUGUGUGUUCCGUGAUGGCGGCGGGAACAACAACGACUCAUGUCGGUGACGUAGAAGAAGACGCGUCUCAGCUGCUGUUUCCUAAAGAGUUUGAGAACGCAGAGACUCUGUUAAACUCUGAGGUUCACAUGUUGCUGGAGCACAGGAAGCAGCAGAACGAGAGCGCAGAGGACGAGCAGGAACUUUCCGAGGUCUUCAUGAAGACCCUGAACUACACGGCUCGCUUCAGCCGCUUCAAGAACCGCGAGACCAUCACGGCUGUACGCAGCCUCCUCCUGCAGAAGAAGCUCCAUAAGUUUGAGUUAGCCAGUUUAGCUAACCUGUGUCCUGAAGCUGCUGAGGAGGCGAAAGCCCUCAUCCCCAGUUUGGAGGGUCGGUUUGAGGACGAGGAGUUGCAGCAGAUCCUCGACGACAUCCAGACCAAGAGAAGCUUCCAGUACUGAGACCCUGACCUCCAUCAGGCCCCGGUCCUCCCUCACACUGUUUGAUAUUUUUUACUCUCUGACCUCGUCUUUGUGCCGUCACAAUAAACUCUGAUUUGUUGUUUUUUUUUA